AUGUCCCAAUUGUACUUAUAUGUUUCAGCGUUAAGAUGGUUCGUGGGCAACUGUAACAACAAGAUGUCAAAUCCGACUGGGGUCAAGCAUGUCGCCACAGAGCCGACGAGACUUGAAAGCAAACGCGAACGACGUCGUGGCGCGGCAGGCCGAGCAGCCGCGUUACGAAGGGCUCCGUCAGACUCUGAUUGUUCCGGAGAGACGGCUUCCCUAUCUGCGGAUAGCGGGGAGAGGUCGGUCAGGCCUUUGCCACCUCCACCAAGGACUGGCAAGUCCAGAGGACGUCGCCGUGGCAGCGAAUGGGAGGUACUGGAGGGACUAAAGGAUGGACAGAGGUUUGACAAGAGACCGGAAGUGUUCAACGGGUACCUGCAUAAGAAGCGGAAGUGGCCGCUCAAGGGUUGGCAUAAGAGAUUCUUCGUAGUAGACGGUGGUAUUCUAGUCUAUGCUCGAUCACCUUCUGACGUGGCGCGAGGAAGGCUCCACGGGUCUGUGGAUGUCGGUCUGUCUGUGAUAUCGGCUAAAGCGCGGCGCCGGCGCAUCGAUAUAGAUGCAGAUGAAUUCAUAUACCAUUUAAGAGCGAAGACACCUGAAGUUUUCAGGACAUGGUUGAAUGUUUUGAAGACGCAUCGAUUAUACAGACAGCACUUAUUAACUUUCGGUGCGCGGGAGUCGGUACCAAAGAUACAUGCGCCAAUAGAUGACCUACCUCCGACAGAUACCUCGUCACGUAUGACUCCUUCGAGCAUUGAAAAGUCAUCAAUCUGCACAUCAUCAAGAAAUAGUCCUUUCCUAACUACUGUUUUCCCCGUCUCUAUACCAAGUCCAAUAUUCAAAACAAAAGUGAUUCCUAUACCGAAAUCCUAUCAAACAAAUAAUAUAAAAAAAAUCGGUGACAAGCAACACAAAAGUCUAUGUUCUAUGAAUUGUGUCGCUAAAUGUAAAGAAUACGGAAAGUCAGUUUCACCUUCUGAGACGGAUGGUGAAAAACUUGAAUGUAGCGAUUUUAAUCCAACAUCGCUUAGAUUGCAAUCUUCCCUAUUAUGUAAAUACUCGUUGAACUCGCCAACAAAGAUACCGUUUGAUCGUCCAUACAAUUUUCUAAAGCAAAAUUCUGAAGAGGAUAGCAGUAGAACUCCAGCAUUCUUCUUCUUUAAACCCAAAGAAAAAUGUAUAGAAUCACCUAUGCGGAAGAGCAACAAAUCGACUAAUUUAGUCAAGUAUAAAAAUAUGUAUGAAGAGCCUAAACUUAAAAAGCGCCUGAACAAAUGUAUUUUGCUAGCAAAUCUUCACUCCAGAGAUACCAAUAAUACUAAAUUAACAAAAAAUGUUGAAGUUCAAAUUGAUGUGGACAAGCAAAGUAAAUCUUUUCAAGAUGCAAUGACUGCUUACGAAUACGAUUUUAUAACGGAACGGCUAAUGACUUCCGUUAUUGAAACUGUGCAAAAUAGCCAUAUGUUUAAUAUAUACGAUGAUAGUAUAAAAAGCUAUAUAGGUCAAAUUGUAAAAGAGCUUUACACAAUGAAACUAGCUCCUACAGACGUUCACCCUAUUAAAAUUUUAUUUCGUUGCCUACUAGAGUUUUGGCUUAAAAACACGACAAUCGGGAGUAUCAGAGAUGAAAUAAUGCAAGUGAAGUCAAUAGAUCGGCAGUCUAAUAAAUAUUUCACCAAAGAUGAAAAAAUUUCAAGUUAUCAAAUAGAAAGUGUUACAAAAGAAACACAAUUUUAUGGUAUGAAACAAAGAGAGAAAGCUGCUAAUAUUCCUAAUGAUGAUGAACAUAAAAAAUCUAAAAAACCCAAAGAACUAACGAAGUUUAGUCAUAACGAUAAGGAACGACAGAUACAAAAACUCGAAAGAAUAUUGAAAAAUACUGUGUACAUCUGUGAAACAGUUCGCAAUAGUCGCAGUAAAGAGAAGGAUAUAAAAAUAACUAAGAGACUCAUAGACAAUAUUGAUAAAUUGUCUCAUAAAAGCGAGAUUAACAAGCCGAAUGUAAGCCCUCAGUGCGAUGAUUCUAACUCUUCAAACGAGUUGACCAAAAUACAAGAUACAAUUAGUCACCUCAUUAGUGAAACGGCUAUUCCUGCUACAGUCGCCAAAGAAUUCUUAAGUGUAUAUUUAGAUUUGCUUCAUAGCAGUCAUAGUAUUACUGACACCUGUUCGUCACAAGAUGACUCAAAGGUCGUUUCACCUAUAUGCGAUGUUGAAACUGAAAGUGUACAAAAGAAAGUGUCUAGAUGCGUUACCACUGGAGAGUUUUUAGUCGACAAUAUCAAUGAAAAGAACAACCUUGACUCUGGACAAAUGUACUUAAAAGAUGUACUAGAUAAAAUAACAACUAUAUUCACCAAGGAAAAUAAUGAGCAGACUUAUAAUGAUUUAAAUGUUCUGAAAAAUGAACAAAGUCCGGAAAUACCUGUAUCUGAAGGUAACAAGAGGCCAAUGUUUAUCGGCAAUGAGGUAAGAAAUCUAGAAGAAGAUAAAAAUCGCAAUGAAACUCUGAUCGAUCCUUGGUUGCCUGUUAACUAUAAUAGUACUUCAGAUUCGGACAAGUUUUUUAGAGGUCAGCUUGGGACAAUUGACAUACCGCUUAUUGAAAAUAUAAGUUUUUCAAAAGUGCCGAUAGAUCUUAAACCCUAUUCAAGUAGCUGUGGCAGCAAAGAUCGUAAAAAUAUAAUAUAUGAUUCUGAUCCGUAUAGUAGUGGAGGAACGUCGAAAGCCUAUAGAGAACGCGAGAAAAUUGAAAUCUUACCAGGAAGUGAUAUAGCAAAGAUACCAGAUAGCCCUGAAUCAACCAAUGCCACUGAAUUCGAUGAUUCGCAAUCUUGUUACCUAUUAUCGUUAAAAGGUUUAGCGGGAACUUUUAAGUCAAAGAAGAAAUCGCCGCCAACUGAAAAUUUGCCCACAUGCACCUGUUCGUCUCUAAGCUAUCCUGAAGAAAUGAAUGUCUUUGAAAAACAACCGAGAGCUAUAGAUGAAAAGUUUAUACUGUUACUCUUAGAAAACUUAGCAUUGUUAUCCAAGAACGUACCAAGUCUAUAUAAAGAUAUUAACAAUUUUUAUUUAAAACUAAAGAAAAAACACGAAAAAGCCAUUUUAAAUGCCAGUAAAAUUCAGGGUUUGAGUCUUCUAGGUAAAAUAUAUAAUGAAGAUGGCGUCACCAAAAAGUUUGAAGAUUCCGAAACGCAAUAUGAUAUUUCUAACAUAAGUAAUUUCAAAGAAACUACAACUAAUACUAGCGUAGAAUUUCAAAGAGAAUAUCGUAUUAACAACGUAGCCAUCAGUGCGGAGCAUAUUCUUAAUAAUAAUGCUGAGCUUCAAACUGAAGAAAAGGAAGCUGUUACUUUAAAUCCGGAUCUACUAAAAAAAUUAGCGGCCGUAUUCGAUAUAAGCAGCACGCAAACUGAUUUGAACCAAUCCAGCGUAGAGGACAUAUUAAAAACCGAUAAAGCUGUAUCCAAUCAAAAUAAGCACAGAGAGGCAUGCACGAAAGAUUGUGCGAUGAACACGACAGUCAAAUAUGUACUAUCACCCCGUAAUACAUCACAAAACAUGCGAAACUUAAAACCUAAAUCUAGAUCGUUGAAAAAUAAGGAUAUAUCAAAAAUAAAUAGAAGGAAAUGGAAAGUCCAACAAGAUUUUAUUAACGAAAUGGUUUUGGGUCCUUCAUAUAAGAGAUCUAAGGCGGCACAAACGGAAACUCUUCGUCUGUGGAAAGAUUUUAAUGUUUAUCAGCUAUUUUUAAAUCAAAAAUUGAAGCCGGUCAAAUGCGUGUCGUCGUUGCAUGUCAGUCAGGAGAGUAGAAAUGAUUUAAAGACCAUUUAUAGGUGUACCAGCGACCCCUCUUACUCCUCUGGGCUGGUAAGUCCCACAUCUGGGCCCUUGCGUGGGCCACAAGCCGGCUUCGUGUCUGGCACCCCUGGCGGCAGGCUGGCCAGUUGGAUUAUAGAAUCGGGUGCUCCCUUGGAUACAGUGACACGCGAGUUGGGUCAGGCUCAGCUCUCAGUGCAACAGCUUCAGCGGCUUUUGGAUGCACUGGAGCUACAGCAACAGACUCAUCAUGAUACUGACGUAUCAAUGGAUGGCGCGUCUCCAAACGUGAAAAAAGACAGACGUAAAUUCGGCUUACGAAAGAAGAAAUCAAACAGCAAGUGUGCUACCGUUGAACCACCUCAUAUUGACCCUAGCAGUUCUCAUAUGGCCCUUUCUACAUUAACAGCGCCCCCCUCUCCCGGUGGAGGGGCAUCAUCCGUCCCCAACUCGGCCGCCUCGCUGCCUAUUGCGUUUUUUUCUACGUUUCUGGCGUCUACUUUAGUUCCGUGUGCAGCCACCAGGCCUCAAUCUCUUCCAGGGGCUGAGGUUCUAAAUGCAGGUCCUACUAGUUUCACAAGCCUCACUCCGGACCACCAGCUGAGAGAAGACUUUACGGUACUCGCUAAGGACCUGGUCACCAAUCUGAAGAGCAUUGUUGCCACGCUGGUCUGCGAACGUGGUCGUCUCCGCGCAGCCAUGGAGUCAGCAGAAAGCCCGGCACCGCCAAGCGGCGUGGUUGCUGCACUCAGAACGAAUCUAUCCACGGCAUUACAGCAGAAUUCUGAAUUACGUUCGCGGCUCUCGCGCAUUCACGACGCUUCGGACCUGGCUGAAAUAUCGUCUAUGGGGGCGAAUUCUGAUCAUAACCAAUUCAAACACUCGGUAAGCUACAGUUCCUCUUGUGUGUCUGGAUCGGAGUUCUUUGACGCCGAAGAAUACGACAACGGAGAGGUCAAGGAGAAUAAUCUUAUUAACGCUGAUGAGACUGGUGUCAUUGAACUUGACGGUGAUUCUUCAUCAGAGGCGGGUUCCCUGAGCAGUGAAGAAGGAUCAGCCAGCUCCGAUAAUAGUGACGCUGCAAUGGUGGCGACAGAACAAAUAGGACCCACAGAGAAUGGCGGGGAACAAUGGAGCAGAAGACGAGUUCUUCCAGCACCACGACCUAAUCCAGGAGGUCCAUCUCUCUGGAACCUGUUAUAUAAGAAUAUUGGAAAAGAUCUCAGUCAGAUAUCCAUGCCGGUUACUAUUAACGAACCGUUAAAUAUGCUGCAGCGUCUCUGCGAAGAGCUAGAGUACUCGGAACUCCUCGAUUCAGCGUCAACAUGCGAAGACCCCGUGAAUCGAAUGGCUUUGGUGGCCGCGUUCGCUGUGAGUUCGUACGCUGCCAGCGCUCACAGAGCGGCGAGCAAGCCUUUUAAUCCGCUCCUUGGGGAGACCUACGAAUGUGUGCGAGAAGAUAAGGGGUUCAAGUUUUUGGCUGAGCAGGUGUCCCACCAUCCGCCUAUAUCUGCGUGUCACGCUGUAUCCAGCCGCUGGGUAUUCUGGCAAGAGGCGCGGAUAAAAACCAAAUUUUGGGGCAAGUCCAUGGAGUUCCAGCCCGCAGGUCGAGUGCACCUCAUACUUCUGCCGACUGGAGAUCACUACACAUGGAAUAAGGUAACAACCUGUGUCCACAAUCUCUUUGGCGGACAGCGUUGGGUGGAUCAGUACGGAGAUAUGCUUAUCACUUGUCAGGGGUCGGAUAUUAGCUGCAAACUAAAUUUUGUUAAGGCAAGUUCGUGGUCGAGUACGCGCCACGAAGUACGCGGUGCGGUUUACUCGAAGCAAACUUCACGCCUGAGAUUGCACGGCCGAUGGUCGGAAGCGUUGUAUGCUGGAGAACCACCUGCAGCCAGGUGUCUGUGGAGACCUGGUGCGAUGCCACCAGACUAUGAGUUAUACUACGGGUUCACGCGGUUCGCGAUGGAACUUAACGAAAUGGAACCCGGAUUAAAAGAUAUACUGCCUCAUACAGAUACUAGGUUUAGGCCGGAUCAGCGUGCCUUAGAAGAAGGCGACGUGGACGCCGCGGAACAGUUCAAGCACGAGUUGGAGCAAUCGCAACGGGAGAGACGAAGGGACAGACCUGAUCACGUGCCUGCCUGGUUCCGCAAAGCCACAGAGGGCGGUGAAGAGACGUGGGUGUACGGUGGGGAGUAUUGGCGUGCGCAGGCCGACGGCUACAUGCAUCUCCACACGCCGCGAUUGUGGUGA